UUGCUCCUCAUCCUCAGCUCAGGUCAUUUGGGGAUACUCUGCCCCCAAACCAGAUGGUUGUUCAUCUCCAAGGAGGAGCAGCACCCAGACUGAAGGGAAAUACAUUGUGCAGAAAAAUUAGGAAAGAAAACUCUUUUUUUUUUUGCUUGUUUUUUAUGUUUCCAUUCUCUGGAGAAGCUGAUUUCCUUCGAGUGAGGGGACGUGGAGAAAAUGAAGCCGAGUCCGCACUUUUUCUUCGCUGGUUUUCUCUCUUUGCUUCUGCAGACAGGGCUUUGCUAUGGGAUAAAAUGGAUAGCUCUGUCCAAGACUCCUUCAGCUUUGGCCCUGAAUCAAACCCAGCACUGCAAGCAGCUCGAAGGCUUGGUGGUUUCCCAGGUGCAGCUGUGCCGCAGCAACCUGGAGCUGAUGCAGACCAUCAUCCAGGCAGCACGGGAAGUGAUCAAGACCUGCCGUAAAACUUUCUCAGACAUGAGGUGGAACUGCUCUUCCAUUGAGCUGGCUCCUAACUACCUGCUGGACUUAGAGAGAGGCACAAGGGAGUCAGCAUUUGUGUAUGCCCUUUCUGCUGCUGCCAUCAGCCACACCAUUGCCAGAGCCUGCACCACCGGGGACCUCCCUGGCUGUUCCUGUGGUCCCAUCCCAGGUGAGACACCUGGACCUGGGUAUCGAUGGGGAGGAUGUGCAGACAACCUCAACUAUGGUCUUAUCAUGGGGUCCAAAUUUUCAGAUGCUCCCAUGAAGAUGAAAAAAUCAGGAUCACAAGCCAAUAAACUGAUGCAUCUGCACAACAGUGAAGUAGGGAGACAGGUCUUGAAAGCCUCUCUCGAAAUGAAAUGUAAGUGCCAUGGAGUUUCUGGGUCAUGCUCUAUCAAGACCUGUUGGAAAGGCCUUCAAGAGCUGCGAGACAUUGCAUUGGACCUCAAAAACAAGUAUUUAUCAGCCACCAAGGUCGUUCACAGGCCUAUGGGCACACGCAAAUACCUCGUGCCAAAGGAUAUUGAUAUCAGGCCGGUUAAGGAGACAGAGCUGAUUUACCUCCAGAGCUCGCCCGAUUUCUGCAUGAAGAACGAAAAAGUGGGGUCACACGGGACCCAGGACAGGCAGUGCAACAAGACCUCCAACGGGAGCGACAGCUGCGACUUGAUGUGCUGCGGCAGAGGCUACAACCCCUACAUGGACAAAGUGGUGGAGAGAUGCCACUGCAAGUACCACUGGUGCUGCUACGUGACCUGUAAAAAGUGUGAGAGGACUGUCGAGAGAUAUGUGUGCAAAUGAAGAACCCUCCUCUCCCCACCCAGGAGCUGAGACACCAGCAGCACCCCACAGCACUAUUCAGAGAAGAGAAAACGUUUCCCUGACUAGACGUCAUUUAUCUUGUAAAGACACAGACUUGAAGGAAGAUGGGAGGAGGGGGGAAAAAAAGCAAUCACACCAGUUGAAAUAAGACCCUUAAAAAAACAACAACCACCCAGAGAAAUCCAUAAAUGUUUUUCCCCCCCACACCAAUAAAAUGCUCUCUGAGAAGAUAAAAACUCAUUUGGCACGGCAUCUUGUUCCAGAGUAUUUCCUCUGGUUGCCAGUGAUGUCCAGCCAUCAAGUGCCUUUGUAUUUUGAGAAACAAAAGUAGAAACUUUCCUAGGGGAAGAAAAGCAACUCUUGUUUGAAAAUAAAGGCUCACACCUGCCUAUGCCUUCUAGCACAGGUACUGAGUCUGCAUUAGAACCAUCCCAGAAGGAAAAAAGCUAUGAUUUUCCAGCAAUAACUGCCUUUGUUGCCAAAGACUUAGCUUUCAGCAGGGAAGCAUCCACUCCAUACGGUAAAGGUGGAAAGGUUUCAGAUCAACCUCCUGAAAUGGACAACUCAUUUUAACCUUUCUUUUAUGCAGAUCUGCAAAUUUGAAGUCACUGCUGCUGCUGGAAAAAAAAAACCUGUCCUUGAUUUGUCCAGGCUGGAUUGGGUUCCAAAUUCAGCCCUGCAAAAAAAAACCAAACCCCCAUGGAUCCUGGAAGCAGUGAGAGUAGGGUACUGUAAGAAGGAUUUUAUGUGGUCUAUAAAGGCAGUAGUGGAGCCAUGAGGAUAAAACAACAAAGUGAAGUCAAAAUCCAGUGGGAAAGUAGGAAGAAACCUCAGAUAUGGCUCUCUUUCUCUCUUCCCAUUUGGGUGUGAUGCCCUUAGUCAUCGAUGUUCUGCCCCACUAGGUCGUCAUGUCCUUAGAGAAACAUGCAGCUGCCUCUUUUUCCCCAACAAAACUAUUGACCAAGGCCCAAGAAACUGCAGAGAAUGGAGUGGAGUCCAGUCGUGGCUGUUGGGAGUGCAGCUGUGCAGGGCAGCAGCGAUUCCCAACAGAACUGAGUGGGAACAUGUCAGUCCUUCACCUGGCCCUGCCCUGGCACAGCAGAGAACCACUAUCUGUGGCUGUACAUAUUGUCUUUCAUCUGUGGACAUACAGAAGUAUUUAUAAGAUAUAGCUCGUGCUUUCUUCUACUCCCCACAUAAAUAUAUCUACACAUUAUAAAGGAGCAGUAACAAUAGUAUGAAAUAAAUGCUGAAAUUACUGGUGCAA